CGUGGGUGUAUGUGUACGUGUUUGUGAGCCAGUGGAUUAGAAAUAAUACACAGUUUUCGUGAGAAUAGUCGGCCGAUUAGCUUAAUUAGAACUAAGUUUAAAGUUAAUUAGUGCAAUAAUACCAUUCUCCCUGGCCGGACAUCUAUGUAGAAAGCGGACAAACGUCCGCAUAUCGCGUUCGUGGCAGCUUUCAUUCAUCGAAGUGUGACUUUUCGCAGUAUUGUUUGCUAUUGCUCGGCAGGAGGACGUGCUGUUUAGUGGGUCAAAACGUUCCAUUGCAUGCCCAGACAUGAGCGAGGUUCCGGAGAGCAGUAAAAAGCGUCAAAAGACGUGUCUACAGGUGGCAACGAAUGUGACCGAACAGAAGCACCAUGUCACCCGGGAGACGCGAGGCAAGAAUUUGGGCCUCUGUCGAGGCUUCCGAGGAUGUACCGUGUGGCUAACUGGACUCAGUGGCGCCGGCAAGACCUCUAUCGCCUUCGAGCUGGAGGCCUAUUUGGUGUCCCGUGGCAUCCCCGCUUAUGGGCUGGAUGGCGACAACAUCCGUACUGGGCUGAACAAAAAUCUGGGAUUCACGCCCGCCGAGCGCGAGGAGAACAUCAGACGAGUGGGCGAGGUGGCCAAGCUGUUCGCAGACAGCGGCGUUGUGUCCAUCUGCAGCUUCGUGUCCCCCUUUGCCGAUGACCGCGAGAUGGCGCGCAAGAUUCACAAGGAUGCAGGCCUCAAGUUCUACGAGAUCUUUGUGGACACACCGCUCGACGUGUGUGAGACGCGCGACGUCAAGGGACUGUACAAGAAGGCGCGCGAGGGCGUAAUUAAGGGCUUCACGGGCAUCACGCAGGAGUACGAGCGACCCCAGAAGCCAGAGCUGGUGGUCAACACGCACGGAUACACAGUGCGCGAGUCCAUGCAGCAGCUAGUGGCCCUGCUCGAGCAGGAAGGCAUCAUUCCGCGCUCUCUUCGCGACGUAGACCAACUGCCAGAGCUAUAUCCCAGCGAAUCCAUUGCCACGGAGGUGCUGCGCCACGAAGCCGAGUCGCUGCAGGCCAUUGAGAUCAGCACCGUGGAGCUGCAAUGGGUCCAGGUACUGGCCGAGGGCUGGGCUUAUCCCCUGCGCGGAUUCAUGCGCGAGGACGAGUACCUGCAGACGCUGCACUUCAAUACACUCCAAAGCGGCUUGGAUGGUUCCUAUCGCGAGAAUCACUCGGUACCCAUUGUGCUCAGCGCCUCAACGGCGGACAAGGAGCGCCUGGACGGGGCUUCCUCGUUAACACUCAAAUAUCAGGGCAAGGCAGUGGCUAUUCUACGCCGGCCCGAGUUCUAUUAUCAACGCAAAGAGGAGCGCCUGGCCCGCCAAUUUGGCACAAGCAAUCCGGAACAUCCGUAUAGCAAGCAGGUCUAUGACUCUGGAGAGUAUCUGGUUGGUGGCGAUCUGGCUGUGAUUGAACGAAUUCGCUGGGAGGAUGGUCUAGAUCAAUACCGGCUGACGCCAAACGAGCUUAGGCGUCGCUUUAAGGAGCUUAACGCCGACGCCAUCUUCGCCUUCCAACUACGGAACCCGAUCCACAACGGACAUGCCUUGCUCAUGCAGGAUACCCGACGCCAGCUCCUGGAGCGUGGCUUCAAGCAACCAGUGCUCCUGUUGCAUCCCCUCGGCGGCUGGACCAAGGACGAUGACGUGCCGCUGGACGUGCGUAUGAAGCAGCAUCAGGCUGUUCUAGACGCAGGUGUUCUGCGACGCGAAGACACUGUGUUGGCCAUCUUCCCCUCGCCAAUGAUGUACGCCGGCCCCACGGAGGUGCAGUGGCACGCCAAGGCACGCAUGAAUGCCGGAGCCAACUUUUACAUCGUAGGACGAGAUCCGGCGGGUAUGCCUCAUCCAGACAAGAAGGCCUAUCCCGAUGGCAACCUGUAUGACGCCACCCAUGGAGCGCGUGUGCUUAAAAUGGCCCAGGGCUUAGACAGCAUGGAGAUCCUUCCCUUCCGGGUGGCCGCCUACGAUAAGAGUGCCAGCAAAAUGGCCUUCUUUGAGCCUCAACGCAAGGACGACUUUGAGUUUAUCUCGGGGACCAAGAUGCGUACCUUGGCCAAAACUGGAGCGAGUCCUCCGGACGGUUUCAUGGAGCCCGAGGCGUGGCGCAUCCUAUCUAACUACUACCAGAACCUGCCGCAGGCGUAACAGGCGGCAACAUAUGCCGGCAACCAGCAACGUGCAAUUCCUCCUUCUAGUUAUUAGCUUAUGUGUGUGCUUAACCUUUUUUUGAAAUUUAUGGCCGCUAUUUCAGAGUUAUCUUUAUCACAAGGAGAAAAGGAAGAGGCGAGCAUAGCCACAGAUGAUUGUGUGCUGUUAGUUGUAACUUCUUCCUUCCCUUAAUAGGGAUAUUAUCUUACUUAUUACAAAAGCAUUCAGACCAAAAUCCGAGCCUGUGUCCUGUCGUGUGUAUAUGUUUGUAUGUUGUGCUCCCUGCUAUUGAAACGUUCGUAUCGUACAAUCUACUUGUAUCUUCUACACCUAAGUUUUCCCCAUUCUUUGUUUAUCUUAAGCUAAAUGUCGUCCAACUAUUUGUGGACCGUUUUUUUAAAUACAUAUAUAACAAAUUA